UAGUCUAACUAUUAAAUACAUCACCACAAGUUCAAUCCCCCCCCCCCCCCCCGACCAAACAAAACAGCAAAAGCUAGAAAAUGCAACUCAACACUUUCUUCACAGCGACUCUUCUGGGCCUAACCACAGCCCUCCCAACAAGCCGCACAACAGGUUCAUCCAAAGGCUUCAGACUCCGCGUAAACGUAACAGACACCACGCGAGACCUCACCCCCUCAGUUCAAAACCUGUACCUCUCCUCGCUGCGCACCGGGGCAGGAACCGCCAUCUCAACACUUACCGCGAGCACGCCAACACCCUCCUACCUGAACGGCACAGCCUACCACACGACUGUAGUCCAGGACAUCCCCAACGUCUACCCCCUCAGCCUCGCCGUCGCCGGGCCCUCGGACUACGACAUCUUCUACCCAGCCGAGCACCCCGUCGGCGCAGCCGUGAACGGCGGCACCGAGCUCUUCCUGCGUCCCGGCGAGCCCAUUCUCUUCCCGCUUGACGAGGGCGGCGUCUACGCGGCUUGUGAGAGAGACGUCGUGCUGGGCGGUCAGAAGACGUCGGUCCUGGCGGCGAGGUACGUGUAUGGGGAUGAGAGUGUCCCUGCGGAUUGCGCGCCCGUGGAGUUCGUCGUCGAGUGUGCUGUGUUGCCGGAUUUGCCAGAGGGCUCAAGCUGGAAUCAUGAUUUCGCUUUUGAGGUCCCCUGUGUGAGAGCAUAGGUCAUAGCACAUAGGCGAGGGUCUUAGAUGUGCGAUCUGUGCAUUGAGCUGGUGAAUCGAGAAGAGGAACAUGAAGAUUGAUAUAUAUGUUCCAUUCGAGGCAAGUCUGAUUACCUUAGAGUUUACUGUCUUCUGCGGUAUCUCCCAACUGUAAUACUUUUGUUCAAACAUGUUCAUUUCAAGGAAACUACGACGAUAGAUGAUUCCUUACCUUAUAAUUUGAUAGCAUGUCGCGUUAGAAUAUACAACCGAACCUUAGGUUACUCUACAC